UACUAUGGAAACCUCGCCGCCAGCACCAUGUCGCUGCCACAGAUCCCUCCGUCGCGGGUCUUCGUGGAACUAGUGCCCUGGGCUGACCGAGGACGGGAGAACCACCAGGUGUCGGCAGGAGAGACGCUGCCAGGCCUCCGCCGCCCGCUCCCCUCAGCACAGGCCCAGCCUGCGACACGCGAGGUGCAAGUAAGCGCGACCGCGGAGGUGUCUGCGAGCCCCGACCGGGCACUGGUAGCCGUGAGAGUGAGUAGCACCAAGGAGGUGGCCGCUGAGGCCAAGAAGAGUGUUUGCCGCCGCCUGGACUACAUCACGCAGAGCCUCCAGCAGCAGGGUCUGCAGGCAGAAAAUGUAACUGUGAUGAAGGAAUUUAGAAGAGUAGAAAAUGCUUAUCACAUGGAAGCAGAGGUCUGCAUUACAUUUACUGAAUUUGGAAAAAUGCAAAAUAUCUGUAACUUUCUUGUUGAAAAGCUAGAUAGCUCUGUUGUCAUCAGCCAACCCCAGUUCUAUCAUACUACAGGAGCUACUGAGAAUCUUCGACGGCAAGCCUGUCUUGUUGCUGUUGAGAAUGCAUGGCGCAAAGCUCAAGAAGUCUGUAACCUUGUUGGCCAAACCCUGGGAAAACCUUUACUAAUCAAGGAAGAAGAAACAAAAGAGUGGGAAGGCCAAAUAGAUGAUCACCCAUCAUCCGGACUCUCAAGUUCAUUAACUGUACAGCAAAAAAUCAAAAGUGCAACAAUACAUGCUGCUUCAAAAGUAUUUGUAACUUUUGAAGUAAAGGGGAAAGACAAGAAAAAAAAACACCUCUGACAUUGAUAUGUUGCAUUUGUAUCUUUUUUCUAUUUUUAUACACUCUGUGUUUCCUUUUGUC